CCGAAGAACGUGUGCUCGGAGGAAGUAAUGUGAGGGUGGAAUCGCCCAAUGAAAAUUCCAGCCACCCGCGGGGAAGAGGCGGCCUAGCGCGAAGUCCUUGCCGUCGCCUGGCUAUGGCUCCUGCGCGCUACUGUGUUCCUGGAGAGCGGCUCUGCAGUUUGGAAGAAGGAACCCCUGGGAAUGGCACCUAUACACGUCAUGGUUCUAUCUUUGCCUCUCUGGCUGGUUGUUUCAUGAAGAAAAGUGAGAAUGGCACGCUCCCGGUAAUCUCUGUGAUGAGAGAUGUGGAAUCUCAGCUACUGCCCGAUGUGGGAGCCAUAGUGACCUGCAAGGUUUGCAGUAUUAACUCUCGUUUUGCCAAGGUGCAUAUUUUAUAUGUUGGUUCUACACCAUUAAAAUCCCCAUUCCGUGGAACAAUACGAGAAGAUAUCCGAGCUACAGAGAAAGACAAGAUAGAAGUUUACAAGAGUUUCCGGCCAGGAGAUAUUGUUUUGGCCAAAGUUAUCUCUUUAGGGGAUGUACAAUCAAAUUAUUUGCUGACCACAGCAGAAAAUGAGCUAGGAGUAGUAGUGGCUCACAGUGAAGCAGGUGUACAGAUGGUGCCAAUAAGCUGGUGUGAAAUGCAGUGUCCCAGUACACAUGGCAAGGAGCUGCGCAAAGUAGCCCGUGUUCAGCCUCAAUUUCUGCAGACAUAGUGAAAGAUGCAUACACCAAAGCAUACGACUGGUAGCAGGAAAGAUUAAUCCUAGGAAAAGAAUCAGAGGAACUUGAAAGAAAAAAGAAAGCAACUUCAAGAAUGUUGCAGAGCUUUUUAGCGAAGGACAUUAUUAUUAGAACUUUUUACUUUCAAUUUGGCAACCUAAUUUUGUUUUGUAAUUCAGAAAACUUUCUACUCUGCCUUCAAUUGAAGCAGCUAAACUCUGCUUUAGAAAAGCAAAAAGACAAGAAAACAAUCCAUAAAGGCUGCCUGCCUGCAUUUUCCCUUGUAAAUUACAAGUCAUUGGCCUGCCCAAGAAGUAAGCCUAAAUCAAUAUCUGUUUCUCUUGAAAUAUACUUUAAUUGCAAGCCCUUUUAAAUCUCAAGUUAUCACAGUAUCACAAAAAAAA